AUGCGGUGUCGCAGAUGCGGAAGUAAAGGUGCAGAUGCAGUUUUUAAGGAGAGUCAGGAACCGCAGAUGCGAUUAGGAAGUGGGCGUGAAGUUAACCUUGAGAGGUUUAGUCAAACAACUUCUCAACGUAGUUAUUCUAUUUCUGAAGAACUAGCUGCUGGGAACGUGGAAGUAAAAAGCAUUGGAGAAUUAAUUGAUUUUUUGCAGGAAGGGCAAAUCUGGAUUGUUGCUACUGUAGUGAAUUUAGAACUUGAAAGGGGAUGGCUUCAGGUUCGAGUAAUUGAUGUCACUGGCUCUAUUUCUUUGUUGCUUUGGGAUCGUGAGGCGACAAAACUCAUUGAAAAGUCUGCUGAUACCUUGAAAGAAGAUGUAGUAGAGACAUCUGGUGUUGCUUAUGAGUGUUCUCAUCCAUUGGAGAUUGAUGCUAUUCUGGAUAGAAAAUUCAUGUUUAAACUGACGGUGAAACCUUCCAACAUUGAGGAGAAUGAUGAAGUUUAUACCGUCGUUAAGGUCAGCGACGAUGAGGACCUUAUACAAAAAUAUAGUUCGUCUUCAGAAGCAGAAGCAUAUGCCUUCACUGAUCCAGAUUUCAAUAAUGAACAAGUCACAAGUGGAGAUACGAGAGACAAGGAUUCUAAAGCUGAUAAUGAGAUGAUCUCUCCUACACUGACCCCUGCCAAGAGAACUAGAGACAAUGAUGGACCAACCACUGUAGAAGUUGAUGAUGAUGUGGGACAAUUAUCAAGCAACAGGGAAGAGAGUGAUUAA